AUGCAAGAUCCUUGUAUUCUGCAAGAUCCUUGCAUCAUGCAAGAUCCUUGCAUCAUGUCAGAUCCUUGCAUCACAUCCGUACAUCAUGCAAGAUCCUUGCAUCAUGUCAGAUCCUUGUAUCAUGCAAGAUCCUUGUAUCAUGCAAGAUCCGUACAUCAUGCAAGAUCCUUGCAUCAUGCAAGAUCCUUGUAUUAUGCAAGAUCCUUGUAUCAUGUAAGAUCCUUGCAUCAUGCAAGAUCCUUGCAUCAUGUCAGAUCCUUGCAUCACGUAAGAUCCUUGCAUCAUGCAAGGUCCUUGCAUCAUGCAAGAUCCUUGCAUCAUGUAAGAUCAUUGCAUCAUGCAAGAUCCUUGCAUCAUGUAAGACCCUUACAUCAUGCUAGAACCUUCCAUCAUGUAAGAUCCUUGUAUCAUGCAAGAUCCUUGUAUUAUGCAAAAUCCUUGUAUUAUGCAAGAUCCUUGUAUCAUGCAAGAUCCUUGUAUCAUGCAAGAUCAGUACAUCAUGCAAGAUCCUUGCAUCAUGUCAGAUCCUUGCAUCACGUAAAAUCCUUGCAUCAUGCAAGAUCCUUGCAUUAUGCAAGAUCCUUGCAUCAUGCAAGAUCCUUGCUUCAUGUAAGAUCCUUGCAUCAUGUAAGAUCUAUGCGUAAUCAACAGAUCAUGUAA